UAGUAGGUACUCAACGAUAAACGAUGGUCAAUUUGCAUUCGACAGUUUCGGGUGAUCGUUCAUGUAAUUACGUGCGGUUUACUUGCACCUCUUGUACUUUAUUUACCUAUGUGUAAAGUUCAGUUUUUGUUAUGACGUUACGGAUUAUUUGGUUUUUUAUUUUAAUUGAUGUGAUUAUCGGUGAGUUUCAAGAUGCCCGAAAAAACUGCGGAAAAAACGACAUCCACUUCGAAAAAGUCCUCGGCUUGAAACCCUCCGACCGCAACGUCCCUCUCCUCCUCUACAAACCCGACACAAACGCCACCACCCCCAUAACAACCCAAUGCCUCGAAAAAUGCCAAAGUAAUAAAGAAUGCCAAAGUUUCGUCAUUUACUUCAACAUAAGCAUCUGCUAUUGGUUCAGAAAUGCCAUAACCGGGACCGAAGAGCUCGAACUAGACUCCGAUACAGCGUGGUUCAUCAAAAUCUGCCUCAAAGCACCCAACUGUGAAAAACUGUGGAUUUUUGAACGGGUUCCCGGUGCCACUCUAGUCGGAAGCGAGACCAAAGCACUGCCAUCUCUCACUCGCCUCGAAUGCCAACAAAGCUGCCUUAACGAGAGACAAUUCGACUGCAAAUCCGCCAAAUUCAAAAUUAAUUCCAAUUACGGCCCCAGUGACGACAUCAAAGGAACGUGCAUUUUGAGCAAUAUUGAUAGGCAUGUCAUGCCAGCGGCGUACAGAGCAUCGACUUACGACGAUGAAUACUUCGAAAAUCAGUGCUCGAAGGCCGAGAAUGAAGACGAAGACGAGUUUUGCACGUAUGAGGAGUAUGAUAAUGCCACGUUGGGUCACAGCGAUCUAUUUUUUCAAAAUCAGACUAAAGAUAGUUGCAAGAGUUUGUGUGAGAAGACGCAGAUUUUUAAUUGUAGGGGUUAUAGUGUGGUAGAGCGCAAACGUUCCUUUGAUUGUUAUUUACACAGCGAGGAUAGUAAAGUGCACGGGCCGAGGCUUGUGCAGAAUAAUUUCCAGGGAAGGUAUUUUGAGAAAGCUCCGUGUCUCAACAUAUCAAUUACCUGUUCCGAAACCUACAUGACAGUCGAAUACACCCCUGACAUGAAUUUCUUGGGGCGCAUGUACAUGGAGGGCUACUCCGAAAACCUCGAAUGUUUCGCAAAAGGACACGGCACCGAAACCGUCGCCCUAAAAUUACCGAUAAUCUCCGAACAGUGUGGAAUUAUCAAAGCUAUAGCCCCCGAUAAUCGCACUUUACUUGCUGGGACUAUGAUUCUGCAAUUCAACCCAUUGGUGCAGACCCAAGGCGACCGGAUUAUCCGAGUUGGGUGUAUUUAUGGGAAUGAUAGUAAGGUGUUGUUGGGGACAGGAAUUACAAUUACCACGGCUCCUAGUCAUGUCAGUCCUUUAAUUAAUUCAACGGCGUUAGCGGCGUCUCCAGUCAUCGAAAUGCUAGUUCUGGACGCGGAGACCCAGAAGGAAGUCAGCAGUACUCAAAUAGGGCAAGAGUUGGAACUCAUCAUCGAGUUUAAGCAAGCCGAUGGUUCGCUGGAUAUUUGGGCAGGCCAUUUAGUCGCAAUGACUGAACAUAAUGACGAAUCAAUUAUAUUGUUAGACGAUCGAGGAUGUCCGACUAACAUCAAUAUUUUCCCAGCGUUGACAAAAAUCGCCACAAACGAUUCGAUUAAAUUAGUUGCGAAAUUUCAAGCUUUUAAAUUUUCCUCCUCUCCGAUAGUCAGGUUCAGCGUCAUUGUACAGUUCUGCCCCGAAAAUUGUCCACCGGUUGAUUGUGGCAAUAAUGUUCAAUCUUUCGGCCGAAAACAACGAGAAGUCCAGACGAGAGCUGUGCACACAAUUGAUGGUACAAAAGUCACAAAUGUGAACCGCUCAGAAUUUGAGAAAGACAGAACGGUUAUGAAAAUGCCCCUCGAGUUUAUUAUGAUCGUGCGGAACCCUGGAGUGAAUUCCGAACGAUUGGUUUUGGGCGAUGGGAAAAUUUUAGUCGCCGGUUAUGAUUUUAUUUCCAACGAGGUUUGCCUAGACUACUCCCUUUUCAUUGGCCUCAUAAUAACGUGGGUUUUGAUUCAAAUCAUUUUCAUAACGUGUUGUAUCAUCCUAGUUCGGCGAUACAAAAAAUAUUACGAGCAUGAAAGCCUAACCCAGUCACUAGAACAGUUAAACAAAAACUUCGGAAUCGGAUUUAGUAAUCUGGAUGGUCGACGAGUACAUUGGGCGGAUAAUGGAGACUACACGUGAUUUUUUAUGUUUUUAUUUUGUUACUAAAUUAUUUACAAUAAAAAAUUAAGUGAUA